UUUAAAAUGUUGUUGUUGACAGGUGCUUGUUCUAUUUAUUUUACGCGAUGAUACUAUGAACGAUCGCACAGUAACAUGGAUUCAAGAAGUAGUCCUACCGAUAGAUCAGUUCCAUACACAGGACCUUACAGAGCAACGAAAUUAUGGAAUGAAGUAAUUUUGACCUUUAGAAAUGGGAUGCCUCUGGGAAGACACAGAAGAUAUAUGAAGACCUAUGAUAAUUGCUUUUCAUCUUCUGAGGCAGUUGAUUGGCUACAUGAUUAUCUAAAAUCUAAUAAAAAUUUUGGGGCAGAUGUAACCAGAUCACAGACCAUACAGUUACUGCAGAAACUACACAGAGCCAGAGUUGUUGAAGAUAUAAGAGGAGGAAAACACAACAGAGCAGAUGUUUGCGACAAUAACAGACUCUUUAGAUUUGUGCAUGCAUCACCACAUCGACAAAAUGUUCAUGCUCGCACACCACUCACAAACAGGCAUGAUUUGAUCAAUAAAGACCAAGGUCCAAUAACCCUGGACCUUGAUCAUGAAAAACCAGCACAGAUGUCACCAAUUAAAGUACUACCAGAAUGCCAUCUUGUAGCCAAACAACUGAAUGCUGCUGAUGUUGAAGAUGCAUGGAAAAAUAUGACUCUUGACAGGUUACAGGAAGUUCUGGGGAUAGAAGAAAUGUCAGAAAUUUUAGACAGUAAUUUUGUCAAUGGCAAACAUGUGAUGCACAACUGUUUAUACAUCAACAAAAGUGGAAUUGUCACUAAUAUUGAACCUAAAGAUCAGCUUCCACAUUGGGCCUUGUCUGCAAUGAAAUGUCUAGCUCACUGGCCUGAGAAAGUAGAUGAUAACUUACCAAGUUACCCAGGAUUUGAGAAAGAUGUAUUUCGUGUUGUUAGAGAUUAUUUCUGUGGACUUUCAGAACCACUGUUGACUUACGAGAUGUAUGAAGUAAUACUCAAUGUAUUUGUCACUGCAGAAGGAUUAAUACAAGAAGACUGUGAUAAUGAAUCAGACAUUCCUGAUGAGAUGUAUUCACCUACACAUAGAAGUAUAUCUUCAUUUGAAUCUGUUGAAAAUCUAUUAAUGAAUUUAACAAGUGUUGGAAGUACUCCUGAUGUCAAGUCUGGUAAUAGUUUACCUAGAGUAUCAAGUACAUCUGUACUAGAGCUAUCACCCAUUUAUCCUGAUCAUGUUUUUGAAGAAAAGCGAAGAAAAAGUACAUCCAGCCUCAGUGUACCAGUAGCUGCAAAAUAUGAAACAGCAUUUGGACCAGAAAAUAGAACAGUAACUAGAGUUUACUUGAAUAAAGGUGAUGUUCAGACUGAAUAUGGGUAUACCAAUGGACCAGAAGAAUUGUCAAGAACACCAAUAGAAACUCAUUUUAAAACUUCACAGCAGGUUCCACGUUAUGUAUCAAAUUCAGAACAUUGUUAUGAUUCUUAUGAUAUAAACUUUGCACAUGUGAGAUCUAUGCGCAAGAAAAAAUCUGAGCCAUGUAGAAAUGCUAUAGAUAAAAAUAGAAGGCAAAGCUGUUCAGAAAACAAUCCAGCACACUGUAAUAAUAGGCCUGAAAGUAAUAAAACAAACCAAUAUACAAAAAAUAAGCAUUAUCUUCCUGCAAGAAGGAGUUACAGUGACUCAUCUAGUCAGUCCGAGGUUAAUCGUCCAGCACCUGAAUAUAUCAGUCCACCGGCCUAUCAUUCACUGUUUCCUGAUGGUUACAAGCCAGUCAUUGAUGGAGCAUCACGUAAAUUAUUGAACCGAUCUAUUUCAAGUCAGGCUUUACAUAUGCUGAGAGCAUUGUCUUUUGAGGAUGAAGAAUGUCAGCAUGGUUUAAAUCAUCAGGCAUAUACUCAAACAUUGGGUAGAACAAAAAGUCGGCGGUCUCUAGAUAAUGUGGGUAGUCAGACAUUAGAUAGAAGACCCAGUCAAGGAGCUCUCAAUAAGUGUCGGAAUAGUCAGUCAGAUUUACAAAGUCAAUGUUCAUUGAACAGUUGUACAGACAAAUUAAAUCGGAUGGCAAGCAGAGAAUCUUUAACUGGACGUAGUUUGAGUUUGUCUGAUUUGAUGCAUGGUGAAUCUAAAACAAAUCUCAGACGAUUUUGUAGUGAUGCAGGUCAAGUAGAGAACAUCAUAGAGAGAAUAAAAAAAUCCUUACAGUUAGUUUUCUUGUUGGUACCGCCACCAAAUAGAAGAAAAUUACAUCUACUACUGAAGCUGAUGAACAAGAUGUUUAAUAAUACAAAACUACAGUUAGACAGUGAACAGAAUACAAGAACCUUGUUACUAGAAACAUUUUACCGAUCAAUUUUGAGUUGUCAGGACGAGGCUGACAUGGAAGACUUGUUGGUGAUGAGAAUUGUCUCAUUCUUGAUAGACCAUGGUGUAGACAUUAUGUUAGUGCCAAAAGAUUUAAAAUCAGCAGUGGAAGAAAAAUUAGCUAAUAUGACAAAAACACAGAUUGUGUACUCACGUGACGUAUUUUCGUCAUUCAAUUAUUGCAAACAGGUGAGCAAAGAAGAUUAUGAAGUACAAAGAAUGAGCAGUUCCCAGAAGGCUUUAGAAGAAUUAUUAGAGGAAAUUAUCAAUGACAGAACAAUGUCUGCUGCCAGGAGGAAGCAAAGACUGAAAAAGUUUGAAAAGACAUACCCUGAUAUUUUUGCCAAGAAGUUUGCCACAAUUGAACUGAAGAAAGACGUCAAAGAAGAUAAGCCAAAGAUAAAACAACCUCUGCUGAUCAGACCAUUAAUGACAAAACUUAGAGGACUUAGAAUUUAAUCCUUGUAAAUGAUCAGGAACUGCUGUCUUAAAACAUAUGGUGCUAGUUUUAAAUGUGAAGUCCUUAAUCAGGGUUUUCAAAAAUAUUUUUAAAUUGACAUAAGUGUAAUGAAUCAGGUACUAUCAAUGCAGAAUUGAAUCUGUGCAUUAUUACUGUAUAUCCUUAUCAACUGACAAUAUUAUGAGAUUAAGGGGAUAGCUCUGUAAAUUAAUAAUGUGUUUGUUAUAGUCAGUUUCAUCAGUGCUCAUUAAGCAUUCAAGUGAAACAGAAAUGAAAUGAAAAGUGUUAUUUACUCUGGUGCAGUAACAUUUAUUUAUUGUUAUAAGAAGAGUUACUCCCUUCACCUAUGUUAACCACCUUAAUUGAUCAAUGUGAUUCCUCUGUUGUAGUUAAAUUUUACCAGCAAUAAUCAAAAUUUAAGCUUAAGUUAAUUUGAUAUUGAUCAUAUUAUAUUUAUUGCAUUAAUUUAUUUUUUUAUAACAGUUAAUCUUUACUUUUGAUAAUCAUGUUAUAAUUAUCCAUUUUCCAUUUAACAAAUAAUAAUACAUUCUGUUUGUUUUGUCAUUCUCAAUUGGACCAUAAUGCUUUAAAAUUAUAAAAUUUAAUACCAAAAACUAUCAGGUUGUUAGUUUUCUCAUUUGAAUUGUUUUACAUUUUUCAUUUUGGGGCCUUUUAUAGCUUGUUAUGUGGUAUAGGGUUUGCUCAUUGAUGAAGGCCGUACAGUGACUUAUAGAUGCUAACUUUCUACAUCAUUUGGUCUCUGGUUCAGAGUUGUUUCAUUGGCAAUCAUUCCACAUCUUCUUAUUAUUAUAAAGAGAGGGAAAUAGUUGUGUUUGUUGUACAAAUUGUCAAAGACAUCUUAUCCAAUAAACAAGUUCCCAAAAUUUUGUCUUUAGAAUUGUUAAGUUAUCGUUUUCUGUAAAAAUAUUCAAACCUUGAAAAUGAAUAUACUCUGUCCCUCAUUUGGAUAUUCAGAUAAUUGGUUGUCUCCCUUUGUAGUUUGCAUCUAACUUUUGACAUUUUCUUAAAAUUAAAGUUUUUCAUAAGGUAAUCAGAGCUCCAGAUAAGCUGCCCAUUGCGGGGUUCAAUAACCCAAUUAAUUCAAAGGAAAACCCAAUUAUAUGCCAAAACCAUGAGUUCUUAACGCUUUUAUUCGCUAUCGUUUGCGUUAUUUACCCUUAUCUGAUUACAGUCAUCGCGUAAAUCUAUUUUUAUAAUAUUUAUAAUUGGAAAUGUCCUUUCGUUCUUAAAAUAGAGCCCUGCAUCAAGUAGCUGUAAUGGGUCCCUGUUGGAAUUUUCCGUUGCUCAAAAGGUACACGUGUUUAUGAAAACAUUUCGAUCUUCUUGGAGUUUAUCCAAUUAGCGUGUGACAUGCUGUCAUAUUUUUUCGAAUUGCUCGGGAUUUAUCAUAACAUACAAUGAAUUAAAACGAAAGUAAAUGUCCGAUAAAAAUAUUGAAUAGAAGCAUGUUUUCGGCUUCUUUUUGAUAGCUGAGGGAAAGUUAUGAUGAUAACAAGACUCAGCUAGUGAUUUUAGGAAGCGUCCAUUGAAUGACGAGCGUGUUUGCAUACCUUAACGAGAACAUUGCUAUAGAACGAUAAACAUGGGGUUUCGUCAAAAAUGAAAUCAGUUGGAAAAAAUAAAAGGCCAAAUCAAUUAUGACAUGAAAUGUAGUUGGAAAGCAUCGGAAACCAAAAGUUCUGAUAAGGGACAACUUAACCCAGAUUUAUGUAAAUUGAAUUAAACAAAAACAGUUUAUAUAUUAUUUUUUUCAUUUUAGUUGAUGAAUGAAUACACAUAUCCGUUUUUUACGUCAAAUUAUGCAGCUUGACACUUUCUUUGUUUUGGUCUAAUUGUUCUGGAUGCUAAAGAUAGUUGUCUUAUUGGCAAGUGCAGUAUAACUUUGUCAUUUAUUUACUUGAUGUUGCAGAAUUAUUUGUAAAUUUAAGUUGAAUGUGGUCUCCAUCAUUAAACCACCCUAUAAAUCUCAAGGUUUUGGGGUAUAUCUUAAAUCUGGGAACAACUUUUUAUUUUUAUUA